AUGGCCACAAAAGCCACUGGCUCUAAGAAAUACCUCCAGCUGCUCCUUCUUCAGGUCACUCUUCUAGGGCCUGUCUUGUGCGGGAAGGUGCUGGUCUGGCCCACGGAGGGCAGCCACUGGCUGAACGUGAGGAUAGUUAUAGAGGAGCUCAUCCACCGCGGGCACAGCGUCACCAUCCUGGUGUCCAACGCCUCCCUCUUCAUCCAACCCAGGGCUGGGGCCGCAGAGGAGUUCGAGGUCUAUAACGUGCCCUUCAAGAAAGACACCGUUGAGAACCUGAUCGAGGACGUAGUGGCGCUGUGGCUGAAUAACAGGCCAACCACCUUGACCUUCUGGCAGUUCUACAAGGAGCUGGGGAAACUGUCCAAAAACUGGCACCGGAUGAACAGGCUGAUGUGCGACGCGGUGCUAACCAACCGAGAGCUGAUGGCCCACCUGCGGGGCUCCAGCUACGACCUGCUGCUGUCAGACCCGGUGACUCUCUGCGGGGACCUCCUGGCUCUCCAGCUGUCCAUCCCCUUCAUCUUCUCACUGCGCUUCUCGCCAGCCUCCACCGUGGAGAGGCACUGCGGCAAGAUGCCAGCCCCGCCGUCCUAUGCUCCCGCAGCCCUGUCCGAGCUCACCGACUGCAUGUCCUUUGGUGAAAGAAUAAAAAACAUCGUGUCUUACCACCUGCAAGACUACGUUUUCCAGAGCUACUGGGGAGAAUGGGAUGUCUACUAUAGCAAGAUCUUAGCUGAUAACAGCCACUGGCUCAACAUGGAAUACAUCCUGCAGGAGCUCGUGGUGCGGGGCCACGAGGUGACGGUGCUGAUGCCUUCGUGCUUCCUCAUCCUUGAUGCCACCCAGUCCUCCCCUUUCCAGUUUGAGGUGGUCGAGGUGCCGAUGACCAAAAAGGAGAUGGCUGCCCUUCUACAGGAAGCCUUUGAUUUUUGGUUUUACGAGGAAAGAACACUACCUGUCUGGGAAGGUUUUUACAAGACUAUUGAAAUGCUGCAGAAGAUGAAGAAUGCAGCCAAACUCAUUUGCGAUGAGCUCCUAAAGAAUGAAGCGCUGCUAGAGAGACUGCGAGCAUCUGCUUUUGAUGUUCUGUUGGCAGACCCACUGGUGCCUACUGGGGAGGUGAUUGCUGAGAUGCUGGGUAUUCCCCUUGUGUACACCAUCCGGUUCUCCAUCGGGAACACAGUGGAGCGGUUCUGCGGGAUGGUGCUGGGUAUUCCCUUCAUGUACACCAUCCGGUUCUCCAUGGGGAACACAGUGGAGCG